CAAAUUUGUUGGCAGUUCUUUUUGCCUUUUGUAGGUUGUUAGAGCGGUGGCAAGUUAAAAAUGGCAAAGCGUACGAAAAAGGUCGGAAUCACCGGUAAAUACGGAACCCGAUAUGGUGCUUCUCUACGUAAGAUGGUUAAGAAGAUGGAAAUCACUCAGCACAGCAAAUACUCCUGCAGUUUUUGCGGAAAAGAUGCGAUGAAGAGGUCCUGUGUAGGAAUUUGGGCUUGCAAAAGAUGUAAACGUGUUGUAGCAGGUGGGGCUUGGGUAUAUUCCACAACAGCAGCUUCAUCUGUGAGAUCAGCCGUAAGACGGCUUAGGGAAGUUAAAGAACAGUAAAAAUAAAUUUAUAGACAUUG